CGUCAUUAUCCACCUCCAGUCUGGGGUGGAAUUGGUGGAAUAGUGAUGCAUGUUCCCAGUGUAAUAAUAAUAAUUUUGCCAUGAGUUCCCAGAGUGACUGUGUUGUAAUGAAUUCCACCCAUGUUGUGUGUUCAGAGGCGUCCAGUGAGCAUGUGGUGGACGUGGAGGACAUGAAGCACAUGGUGCAGCUGCUCCACACGGCCCUCCACCUGCCCCACCACCACCUCCUGAAGGAGAGGCAGCUGCUGGAGAGACUGGAUGGACUCAAACAGGACCUCUCACCUCUGGAACAGGUGAAGGCACAGCUGGCGCGCAGUGCAGAGUUCCACUCCUCCAGGACUCUGUGGACAGGUGUGGCCCUGCUGUCUGUGCAGGGCGGGGCCUUGGCCUGGCUCACCUGGUGGGUGUACUCCUGGGACGUCAUGGAGCCCGUCACCUACUUCCUCACCUACUGCACCAGCAUCGGAGUCUUCUCCUACUAUGUCCUCACCAAGCAGGAUUAUGUCUAUCCAGAUGCCAAAGACAGGCAGUUCCUGUAUUACUUCCACAAGGGUGCCAAGAAGGAGCGCUUCAACGUGCAGAAGUACAAUGAGCUGAGAGAGGAGUUGGCUUCGGUGGAAGAAGAUUUGAGACGUCUAAGGAAUCCAACCCAACUUCAGCUCCCUGUAGAACAGAUCCAGAGCCAGCCAUGAAGAGCAGCACCAUUUUCCCCCAUUUAUUUUGAUAACAAUGCAUUUUUCUUACUAACCCUGCAGAUCAUUUUAGAGUUUUGGUUUACAAUAUUGGAAGUAAUUUGUGGUAAUAGAAGUAUAGUAAUAAAUAUGAGAAAACAUCUUCCUGAAUACUAAUCAUAUUUUCUCUGCAUUCCAGGCCAUUGCAGUAAUUCAAUAUAGUAGCUAGUGUAAUUUCUAUAGAAGAGCAAAGUUAUGAAUAGUGAUGUGUAUAUAAUGAGAUGAUCCAUUCUGAACGUUUACAAAGAUUAAGAGGAACUGAGACUGAACACAAAUUACAUUUCAAUAUUUUAUUGCACCUCAAUUCAGACUUUUGUUUCAAUCAUCAAAACCCCAAACAUAUUUCAACAGUUUUACAACUGUCAUUUUAUAAAUGAGAGAUUCUAACUCAAUAGGAGCCCCACGCACCUCUCCAAAUGCUAUUAGUGCAAACCCAAUCUCCCAAAAGGUCAGAGAUACAUUUCCCUGGUGGACCACAAUACAAGAAAAGUACAUUACUCUUACUAAGCAGUGGUUCCUUAUAUUCACCCAUGGAGACAAAAAUGGUCCUCAUUUUCUUGAACAAUUCAGAAAUAGAAACAUGAAUUGGUGUCCAGCACUCAUGCAUUGUCAUUGCUUUAGUAAAUAUCUCCCAAGUGACUAACAAUUAUUUAUUUUUUAAACAUGAGACGGUCGGUUGAUUGGUACCCUGAGUUGUCUUAUCUGAGUUAUAUAAUGCACACUUGCACAUAUUUUCUGGCUGAAGAAUAUGCCUGUAGUCAUGUGGUGUACAAAAAUGUUGUUUAAAAAGAUUGGUACUGUUAAAGUUGUUCAGUAUUUCGAGCGACAGGUAGCCAAGUGGUUGGAGAUGCGAGCCAGCAACCAGAGGGUUUCCAAUCCCAGCCCAGAUGGGAUGUGGGGGGGGUGUAAUUGACCAAUAAAGUGAUCUUAUCUUAAGUUGAAAA